AUGCCGAUUCAAACUUUAGAUCGCUUACUAUACAGCACCGCCGGUCUUGCGUACCCUCACCCACCGCGACCACCUCCCCACCUCAAGACAAUAUGGGAAAAGGUUCGUCGCCAGCUCCAUCGUCCUGAGUACCUCUUCAUAAUUAUCUACACUCCUACAGUACACGGAUCUCUCGCCCGUGCCGGCAAAGUGAAGUCACAGACUCCUAAGGUCGAAAAGCAGGAGAAGAAGAAGACCCCCAAGGGUCGUGCUAAGAAGCGGAUCCUCUACAACCGCAGAUUCGUGAAUGUCACCACGCUUCCCGGCGGCAAGCGGAGAAUGUGA